GUAUAAAUUGAACGAAUAUAUAAUUAUAUUUUAAUCAGUCGAUCAUAUUAUACCUACUCUAUUUAAUGAUUACAUUAUAAAUAUUUAAUAAUUUAUUUGUAUAUUUAUAAUUAGGAUGACAUAUUUAGAAGCAGACAACCAACAUUACAACAAAAUGUCAUGAUAACAGCUGAUUGAUUGUGAUUGUCAUGUAACAUGUGCAACAAGUAACUGCACGGUUGAACUUGACUAUGCUAUAACAUCUUGCACAAUGUCAAAAGCUCUAAGAAGAUUCCUCUUUCCAGGUCUUAGUCAAAAAAAGACAUAUAAAGUAAUUAAAUAUACGGGUAUAGGUGUAGUUGGUGGUGUAGCUACAUUGGCUUCAACCCCAGUUUUAUCAGAUUGUUCUGAAGACAACACUGUUAUUAAUAAAGCUAAUGGAGCAUUAAGAUUUUUAAGAUCUAUAAAAAUCGGAUUAUGGAUAUCACUAGACUACUACUUUUCCUCCAUGGGAUUGGAUGAAUCAUGCACAAAUUACAAAUUUAUGAUGAGCCGAAUUCAUCAGAGGUCUGCUGAGAACCUUCUACAUGGUUGUCUAGUCAAUGGAGGAUCUUAUAUAAAACUAGGACAAGGGUUAUGUUCAAUGGGCCAUAUACUUCCUGAAGAAUACAUAGAAACAUUAAGGUGUCUUCAAGAUAAAUGUUUAAAGAGAGAAGAAGGAGAAUUACAAAAGAUCUUUCAAAAGGAUUUUGGAAAAGAUCCUGAAGAUUUGUUUGAAAGUAUCGAUAAGGAACCUAUUGCUGCUGCUAGCAUUGCCCAGGUGUACAAAGCUGUAACGAAAGAAGGCGAUCCGGUAGCUGUAAAGGUCCAGUACAUAGACCUUCAGCAACGAUUCACUAGUGACGUUAGAACCAUAAAAAUGCUAUUAAAAAUUGCUGGAAUUUUACAUCCAAAAUUUGACUUCUCAUGGAUAAUCAACGACAUGGAAAAUACGUUGAAACAAGAAUUAGACUUCAUCAAUGAAGGUUUAAACGGGGAAAGAUGUGCAAGAGAUCUACAACAUUUAAAAUAUGUUCAUGUGCCUAAAAUUUAUUGGGAUUACACAAGUUUGAGGGUAUUGGUUACAGAGUUCAUUGAUGGAUACAAAAUAAGUGACGUGGAACAUCUGAAAAAUGAGAAUUAUUCGUUGACAGAUUUAAACAAUAAGUUAUUUGAAGCUUUUGGCCACCAAAUAUUCCAGACUGGUUUUGUUCAUGGUGAUCCACAUCCUGGAAAUGUGUUGGUCAGAAAAGUAAAUGGAAACGCUCAAUUGGUAUUACUAGACCAUGGACUGUAUCAAGAAGUAUCGACGGAAGAUCGAACAGCACUCAGCCAUUUUUGGAAAGCCAUUGUGUUACGCGACCACCGGAACAUGAUGAAGUAUUCCAAUGAAUUGGGAGUUAAAGAUUACGAACUUUUUGCCGAAAUUUUGACACAAGCGCCGCUGAAAGCUCAAGGAUUCCAAUUAAAGGUACACCUUUCCGAAGAGGAUUUACAAAGGAUGACUGAAUUUGCGAAAGAAUAGAUUCGACACUAUUAUGGUGUGUCUAAAAGAGAUGCCUAGAUCACUUUUAUUAGUUAUAAGAAACUUAAAUACAAUCCGUGCCAUAGCUGAUCAGCAUGGCAAUCCCAUAGAUAGAUAUACCACAUUAGCAAGAACAGCUACAAAAUCCGUUUAUGGAGUACAAUCAAGUAUUGUUAAAACUAUAGUAAACGUUCCUGCUAGUAUGUAUUUCGAAAUUGUUCUACAGAUAAGAAAAAUUGGACGAUGGUUUACAAAGAAAACGUACAAACUUCUUCAUUAUUUUGGACUUGCGCCAGAUAUUGAAAUGAUUGCAUCAAAAAUGAGGGCUGUGAAUCUUUAAGUUUAAAUAUGUUCUCUAUUAUCUGUUAAAUAAAUGUUUAUUUUUG